AUGCAGGACAUUAUUGACCAUUUACCCAAAUUGCCUGAAAUCCAACAACAAAAACUAACCAUUCCCGAAUUUGACGAAAUAGAAGUCAAAGCAACUGACUCAGUAGAAAUAAAGAAGUUCAUACGAAAGGUAAAUUAUGAAUUCCUUGGUUUUCAUUGCAACCAUAAGGUUAUGGACAAAGAUUGCGACAUGGUAUAUAAGAACAUCUCUGACCUUUACAAAUCCGAAGAAUUUAAGACCUACGACAACUUUGUUUCGUUAGUUGCAAAAUGUGUUUGGGAAAUAAGAGAUAAAGAUAGUAGGGGUAAGGUAUGGAACGAACAAAUAAAACCCGCUAUGUUCGAGAUGAAGAAAACCAUUGACGCCUUGGUCAUACUUGCAGGUAAGGUUUCAGAAUAUAACGCAAAAAUGAACCCGCAAUGUUCAAAAUGUAAAGCAGCAAUGAGGAAAUAUAACUACUCCGUCAAAGAGAUAGAACGUAUGAGAAACGACUAUGCAGACUUAAAGAAAGAAGCAGAAAAACCAGCAGAAGAUAAAAUGAACAUGUUAGAAUUUCUGAACAAAAACUAUCCAACCGCUAACGAUUUCCUUCUUUCAGAUGUCAAGAAGAAGUAUAAAGAAACUUUCGGUAUCGUUAAAACUUUUGACAUACUGACAGAAGAAAUAGAAGCUACGAAAUUGUUUAGAGUCAUGAACCAUCGCAACAUAUACCAUGUAAAACGCUUGUAA